GCCUUGCUGGCGUCGCGUCCUUGGGCAUCAGUGGGCGCCCCGCCCCCUGCCAAGAGACCCCGAGGAGCUCGGGUCGCACAAGCGACAGGGAAUGCAAGCUACGGGUUGACUUCAAACCCUGGGCUUCACAGACUUGGAAGCAUCCCAGAAUAAGCACAAUGUCCACAGCAGGAGUCGCUGCUCAGGAGAUUCGAGUCCCAUUAAAGACCGGAUUUCUACACAACGGCCAGGCCCUGGGGAAUAUGAAGACCUGCUGGGGCAGUCGCAGUGAGUUUGAAAAUACUUUCUUAAACAUCGACCCCAUCACCAUGGCCUACAGUCUGAACUCGCCAGCCCCGGAGCACCUGCCGUCUGUCAGGCUCCCCGCACAGUCCGCUCCGGUGAACGGCCACCACUUGGCGGCGGUCGGGCCCUCUCACAAGUCCAGCCUGCCCCCUCUCGUCGUUCCCCCAAGUGAGAGCUUGGGGCAGCGCGAAGAGAACCAAGUCGUGUGUGGCUUGAAGAAACUCUCGGUGAAUGGGGUCUGCACCUCCACUCCUCCACUCACCCCGGUAAAAACCUGCCCUUCUUCGCUCUUCCCCUGCGCGGCGCUCUGCGAGCGGGGCUCCAGGCCCCUGCCUCCGCUGCCCAUCUCCGAAGACCUCUCUCUGGACGAGACGGACUGUGAGGUAGAGUUCCUGACCAGCUCGGACACCGACUUCCUCCUGGAAGACUGCACGCUCUCCGAUUUCAGAUAUGACCUUCCUGGCAGGCGCAGCUUCCGCGGGUGUGGACAGAUCAACUAUGCCUACUUUGACACCCCCAGCGUUUCUGCAGCAGAUCUCAGCUGCGAGUCUGACCAAAAUGGAGGGGUCCCCAGUCCCAAUCCUCCUCCCCCUCAGGCCCACCGCAGGUUAAGGAGGUCUCACUCGGGCCCUGCCGGCUCCUUCAACAAGCCCGCCAUCCGCAUAUCCAGCUACACGCACAGAGCUUCGCCUAACUCCGAUGAAGACAAGCCUGAGGUCCCCCCCAGGGUUCCCAUCCCUCCCCGGCCAGUGAAGCCGGAUUACAGGAGGUGGUCAGCAGAGGUGACUUCCAGCACCUACAGUGACGAGGACAGGCCUCCCAAAGUCCCCCCAAGAGAACCUUUGUCCCGGAGCAACUCGCGCACGCCGAGCCCCAAAAGCCUUCCGUCUUACCUCAACGGGGUCAUGCCCCCGACCCAGAGCUUUGCUCCGGACCCCAAGUACGUCAGCAGCAAGGCCCUGCAGAGACAGAACAGUGAGGGCUCUGCCAACAAAGUUCCCUGCAUCCUGCCCAUCAUUGAGAACGGCAAGAAGGUGAGCUCCACGCAUUACUACCUGCUACCCGAGCGGCCCCCGUACCUGGACAGGUACGAGAAGUUCUUUAGGGAAGCGGAAGAAGCAAACCCCAGCACCCAAGUCCAGCCGCUCCCUGCUGACUAUGGUGUGGUUUCGGCCACAGAAAAGAUGGACUCUAAGACAAAGCCGGAGCUGGGCGGCCACACGAAGCGCAAACACUUGUCCUAUGUGGUUUCUCCUUAGACUCGGGGCUCAUGGUGCAGCGGAAGUGACGCAGGAACAGGUGGUUCUCCGUUUUCCGGUUUGGGGUUCGCCCCGAACAGUCUGUCAGAUUGCAGAAUGGAACAGCUGAACUCUGUGCUGAGGAGAACAGUUGCGAGAGCAGUCGUGAGGUGCUGUUGUGCUGAGAAAAGUUUAUUCAAGUUUGUAAUUUAAAGAUGUGACCGUGGGAAGGGAAGGACGGGGAGGCUUCUUACAUGCUACACUAUACGCCUAUGUAUAAACUUGUGGUGUAACCCUAGCCCAUAGCUGCAGGUUAACCAUUAGUUACUGUCUUAGAGUAAUAUAUAUUCAGAGUAAUGGAAAUCCAGAAAGUGGCUCCCGAUAGACCCGAAAUUGAGCAAAUGGAAGAAAAAAGCAGUAUUCUUUAGAUCAGAAUCAUUCAAAAAAAUUGUUUUUGUUUAGUUACUAGUUUGAAGAUUUCUGGCUCUUAGGCCUGCUAGAUUUUGUUCAUUUAUUUUUGCAAGUAGUCUUCUCCAUCGAGGGCAGGGCGCACGUUCUUGACCAUGUCUGUACCUGCCUAGUUUCAAAAUCAUCCCAAGGCUUCGUACUUCCAGGUUUUGUUUUUUGUCUUGUUGAGCGGAGGGAUAGCAGCUUGUCUGGAACCGUAUCACUACCUGUACAUGUGUCACAUCUUGAACAAAGAGUAUCUGCCAGUAACUUUCCUUACAGCGUCCGCUGACUUGGUGCAGGGAAGUGGCCCCUUGCGGUGUGGGCCGAGGGACAGUGGGACCUGUCCAAGUCAGACACAGGCGUGCCAGGCACCGGGGUUCAGGGUGUCCCUUCUACAAAGAGAUGGAGCAGGUAGCUGCGAUGGAGUUACUGUGUGGGGAUGUGUGUUGUGUUUUUUGUUUUUGUUUUUUUAGACUGUAUUAAUAAACAAAUACAACACAAGCUGGUCUUGUGUUGCUGGUUCCUAUUCAGUAUUUCCUGGGAAUUGUUUGCUUUUUCAGUAAAACACUUCUGAGCAAGAGCAUGGUAUGUCUUAAUGCCAGAGGUCACAUCGGCAUCGUCCUGCUUUGAACACCCUCACGGCUGGCUGCUUCGCUGCCCCCAGACCCAGCUCGUGUUCCUGUCUUCACAUCCUGUGCCGCGUUUAUCUUGUUGGAUAAGCACGAAAGAGAAGGUGCUCGCUAACAGAGGAACAUGACUGCGAUGUUCUCUUAACAGUUAAACAAGCUGUUUACAGUUUAAACUGCUGAAUGAUACUAUUUGAGCUAUUUAAAGCUUAUUUUAGUAUGAACUAAAUGAAGGUUAAAACAUGCUUUAGAAAAAUGCACUGAUUUCUGCAUUAUGUGUACAGUAUUGGACAAAGGAUUUUAUUCAUUUUGUUGCAUUAUUUUGAAUAUUGUCUUUUCAUUUUAAUAAAGUUAUAAUACUUAUUUAUGACACCAUCAA